AUGUCUUCGUCCGACUCGGUUGCCAGUGGCAGAACGGCCCCGCAAUGGGCCAAAGAGACCUGGGAAUUCCUACAGCAAAAUGUCUUCCCCGAGGUUUUUGUCAAGAGAAGGCUCAACUUCAUCACCAUUCACUAUAUCUAUGUGAUGGGCAUGUCCAUCAUCUUGUCGGUCAUCAUCUUCGGCAUCGGAGACAUCCCCUACAUUGACGCCCUCUUCUUCGCUUCUGGGUCAUGCACGCAGAGCGGACUCAACACAAUCGACGUCAACAAUUUACAUACUAGCCAGCAGGUCAUGCUGUACUUGGGGGCCAUGUUCUGCAACCCCAUUAUUGUACAUUCUGCUGUGGUGUUUGUCCGACUCUACUGGUUUGAAAAGAGGUUCAAAGAUGUCGUCCGAAAUACCAACCUGAUCCGCCGGACUCGGUCGAGGGCACGCACAGAGACAUUCGGCAAGGAUGAUCUGGAGCAAAACGGUUCGCUCGGAGUGCGUGGACGGGCAAUUCGGAUUUUAAGAAAUAACACCCGCGGCAGAAGUGACUCCCGGGGAAACAAAGAUGGGCCUCAACAGCAUGCCAAUGGCAAGGCGGUAGAAUCAUCCAACACGUCUGGAACCGAGACCGAAAAGCCUCAAGACCAGGCCGGCCCGGAGGAUCCAUUGCGGCUUCAGACCAGUCGAUCGACCGAUGACCUACGUCUUCCCCAGCAACUCAGUCCCGAAUUGCAUAUCCGCUUCCUGGAAAAUCAACGUAAUCCUAGUGACACGACGGCGUUGAGAAUCCCGAGUCCUCGAGAGUUUGAGCGGGGAGGCCGGCCCCAAAAUGUGAACAACGGUAUCGACGGGACACUUCUUCAAAAAGUCACCAGUGAGCCGGACCUUCCAACCACGGCGGAGAGGAGGAGCAUAGACUUCAGCCCGCGGGCAGAAGGUGGUCGCGCGCAUAUCACCAUUGACGAACCACGGCCUUUGCGCGACCGCAACGACAGGACGACGACUUUUCCCCGACUCAACACAAGACAGUCCACCCAGGCUCGGCAAACAUUCGACUCGUCAGACCCCGGGUCCAAUCUUAGGCGGAGGCGAUCCAACACUUUCCGAACCCUGACCCGUAGCAACACUGGCCGAACCUUGGAUCCCGCUCCAUAUCUGAGUUGGCAGCCCACCAUCGGUCGAAACUCGCUCUUCGUGGGUCUGACCGAAGAACAGCGAGAAGAACUGGGUGGGAUUGAAUACCGGGCGCUGAAAACACUGGCCUUGAUUCUGGUCGUCUACUUCUUCGCCUUUCACAUUCUCGGCAUUGUCUGUAUGGUUCCUUGGAUCUUGAACACGUCAUAUGGAAAGGUGGUGACUGGUCAGGGUCAAGGCCGAGUCUGGUGGGGGUUCUUCACCAGUGCUUCAGCCUUCAACGAUCUGGGAUUCACUCUGACCAGGGACUCGAUGAUAUCCUUUGGCAAUGCCAUCUUUCCCAUGUUACUGCUGAGCUUUCUGAUCAUCAUCGGCAAUACUGGCUUUCCGUGCAUGCUCCGACUGACCAUCUGGCUCAUCACGAAAUUCGUGUCAAUUGGCGGACCUCUGUGGGAAGAACUGAGGUUUCUGCUCGAUCACCCUCGUCGCUGCUUCACUCUGCUCUUUCCUGGCGAUGCGACUUGGUGGCUGUUUGCUAUUCUCGUUGUUCUGAAUGCGGUGGAUCUGAUCUUCUUCAUCAUUCUCGAUCUGAACGAUCCCGUCAUCACCAAGAUGUCUGGUGGCAUUAGAUUCGUCGAUGGGCUGUUCCAGGCUGCGUCGACGCGGACCGCCGGCUUUGCGGUCGUCAGCCUCUCCGACCUGCACCCUGCCAUACAAGUGAGUUACCUCAUCAUGAUGUACAUUUCCGUGUUUCCCAUCGCCAUCUCCAUGCGGCGCACCAACGUAUACGAAGAAAAGAGUUUGGGGAUAUACGGCAAGGGGUCGGCCGAGGAGACAGACGAGAAGGAACCUAGUUACGUCGGGGCACAUUUGAGGCGACAGCUUUCUUUUGAUUUGUGGUACGUCUUUCUGGGCAUGUUCAUCAUUGCGAUCGUGGAGGGAGGAAAAUUGGAGAACACCAACGAAUACGCCUUCACCUUGUUCUCGGUGCUGUUCGAGAUUGUAUCAGCAUACGGCACCGUGGGCCUGUCCUUGGGCUAUCCUGGCAUCAAUGCAUCCUUCUCGGCCAAAUUCCGGACGUUGUCGAAAUUGAUCAUCAUUGCCAUGCAGAUUCGAGGGCGGCAUCGUGGUUUGCCCUACGAAUUGGAUCGAGCCAUUCUACUCCCUUCGGAAAGUCUCCAAGCGAAAGAGGCGAAAGAAGCGGAACGGAUGGCGAUGCGUGUCCGACGACGGUCUUCUGGAGGGCAGUCGAUGAUAUCGGCGGUGGAUGGGCAGAUGGAAGGACGACGUUUCCGGCCCGAAACGGGGCUUUCCUCGGGGACGCAUGCUGGACAUGGAGACGACGAUCAGCUUCGCGCUCGAGCGAACACCAACAGAACUCAUCACAGUACGGCAAGCGGAUCGGAGCUUCCUCCUCAUCAUGGUGCCCGACAUGGAUUGGGGGCAGCAUUGUACAAGCUCACCUCGGAAAUCGAUUCCAUCAAGGAGGAAAGUGGGCGGAUCCUUCCUUGA